AUGAGCUCUAAUUCCCAAGUGACACAGUCUAACAACGUAGCUCAUGACCACAAAAAUAUUGAUGGAGUGCGAGCACUCGAGGAAGCACUCGCUGGCAUAAACUCUGUGCUGUCCCGUGAGGGCGAAGAGUUGAGCGAACAAGACUUGGCAAAAGUGCUGAAACAAUUGGAAGCAGCUGAAGGUGUUGCAGAUGAUGUGGAAGGAAAACUAGAUGAAAUGCUCAAGAAUCUCGGCGGCAUGAUAGAGGGUUUGGAGUCUGACAAGAAAGAUGGACAAGGUCCGACGACGGGAGGAACACAGACUUAA